AUGGAAGAUGUGGAUGAAAUUGACAGGAUUUUGGCAAAUGAAGAUGCAGAAUUUGCAAAGGACCAAGAAAUUGAAAGAAUUUUAAAUACGUUUCGUUUAGAUGCAUAUUCUAUUUUAGGGCUCCAACCAGGCGUUAGUGCAGCAAAUAUUCAGAACACAUUCCGUAAAAAAUCACUUUUAAUUCAUCCAGACAAAACAAAAAAUCCUAAAGCACCAGAUGCAUUUGACCGACUCAAAAAAGCAGAAUCAGAUUUAAUGGAUCCUAAGAUCCGUGAAAAACUUGACACAGCAUUUGCCACUGCAAGAAAAAUGCUUAUAAAAGAACGUAAAUGGGAUUUAGAUCAUCCAGAAUUGACAACAGAAGCGUUUCAGAACGAUGUACGAGAAAGAACAAAACAUGUAUUAAUUGACGACGAGCUUCGAAAAAGAAAAGCUCGUCAAAUUCAAAUGGCAGAGGAAGGCAGGCAAAAGAAACGUCUUGAAGAGGAGGCAGAGGAACGGAAACGAAAAAAAGAAUAUGAAAAGGCUUGGGAAGAAAAUCGAGAAAAUAGGAUUAAUAAUUGGCGUGAUUUUCAGAAAUCUGGUCCUCAGAAGAGAAAACGGCAGAAGGAGAAAAGUCUUGGUUAG